AUGGCCACCGACGACGCUGAGAAACACGUGGUGAUGAGAAGGUUGAUGAUGCAUGGCUCUGUGGAGUCACACCUGGACAUGUUUGGGAGGGCACAUUCUAGAAUACGCCUUCGCUCCGAGAGCCGGAGGCAAAUUUGCAUGAGUGUGAAUGAUGAGUCUCAGAAUCUGUCCAUGAAUGAAGAAGUAGGAGUUAGUUUACCAAGCAGUAAUGAAGUGCGAGGUAUGGCAGCUAGGAAGAAGAGGGCAAGGACAUCUGUGGUUUGGACAACGUUUGAGGAUUUUGAUGAGGGUCCCGAUCAAGGGAGACGUGCCAAAUGCAAAAAGUGCGGAACUAUACUCAAAUGUGACUCAGGAACAGUUCAAGAUGGACUGAAAAAGAUUCACCCAUCUGUCAUAAAGAUACGAGAAGGCAUCAAGUAUAUAAAGGGUUCAGAAGUUAGAAAACAAAGGUUUCUACAAUGUGUUUCACAAGUUGGUUUGGGAGGAAGCAGAAGGGGAUUGAGACAAGAUAUGCCAACAAGGUGGAAUUUAACCUAUUUGAUGCUUGAUGGUGCUCUCUACUAUCGUAGUGCAUUGAUGAACUUGGCAGUAAGUGACAGUUCUUUCAAGUGGUGUCCUUCAGAUGAGGAGUGGGACAAGAUUGAGAAGAUAAAUAAGUUUCUAGGGGAAUUUUAUGAAGUAACAGUGUUGUUUUCUGGAACAAAGUACCCUACAUCAAACUUAUUUUUCCCGAAGGUGUUAGUUGUUCAGCACAGUAUACAAGAAGCCAUUGCCAGUGAAGAUUCUUUUCUAAGCCGGAUGGGAAAAGAGAUGGAUUUGAAGUUUAAGAAAUAUUGGUCAGAUUAUAGCCUGAUUUUGGGGAUUGCAGUGGUGAUGGAUCCUCGGUUUAAGAUGGAGUUUGUUGAAUGGGCUUAUGAAAAGCUCUAUGGUCGAGAAUCUUCACAAUUGAAGGUUUUUACUGACACUCUAUCUUCUUUGUUUGGUGCCUACAAAGAAACCUCCACUCACCAAAGUUCUAGUUACCAUAUUCAUGAGAGCUUGUCUCAAAUACAGGGGAAGCCUUGUAUACUUCAGGAAUUUGAUGCCCGUUACAAGAGCGGUCAGAAUUCGAGUUUGAAGACUGAACUGAACAAGUAUUUGGAUGAAGUAAGACUCGAUAAUUUGGUAGACUUGGAUGUACUUGCUUGGUGGAAGAUGGAGCGACACCGAUACCCAAUCCUGUCUCAGAUGGCUCGUGAUGUGUUGACUAUUCUUGUCUCCACUGUUGCAUCUGAGUCGGCUUUUAGCAUUGGUGGUCGAGUUCUAGAUGAGUAUCGGAGCUCUUUGUUGCCUGAGACAGUACAAGCUUUGUUAUGUACUCGGGAUUGGAUUUUCGGGAAGAAGAAAGAAAAGAAAAUGGUUGAGGUGGACGAUUUUUCCGAAGACAUAUUGGGUUUGAGAAUGCAUGAUCGAAUAGAGGAAGAAGAGAGCUUCACUUGA